UUCCUCUCAUCUGUGAUUGAAGCGGAGCAGCCCGGAGGCGGCGGCUCCUUUGGGUGUGUGUCCGUCCCACAGAACGACGGGACUCACCGUCGGACACACGUGUGUCUCAUUUGGCCCUGACAGCUCCGCUUCCUCCACAAGGAAAUGAUGGAGGAGGAAAGUUUGUGACGCCUCUGCCUUUGGUUCGGGACUGUCCGCAGGAGGAGGAAAAAAAAACUGCAGAGCGUUUUCGAUUUGCGCAGUUUUCUCGCCCCUUCAUCGUCCGGAUUCUGUAAAUCUGAGAAAUCUGUAUGGAUUUGGGAUUACCAGGGUCUCCGACAGUGAAAUGUCUCAGCGGUGGAAAUGCAGCUCCACGCCUGUCUGUUGCUUUUUAUCAUCACAACAGAUAAAAUAUUGGCCUCGUCACACCUUCAUUGUGGUGGAAAUGUCAUCCUGGACCAGGAGCCUGCAGGCCGCAUCAGCCUCACUUCACCUGGACGUUUUACCGACACCAGCACACUCGACUCCGUGAAGCAGGAGUCUGAGGAACCCUUCCAGGCUUCAGUUUGCACUUGGAUGAUAGAUAUUCCUCUGGGGAGGACGGUACUUCUAAAGCUGGAACGUGGCUCCAACAUAUCGGUGCGCUGUGUCUGGAACGAGCAGACUCGGGUCUUGGAGAGCGGAGGGACGACUCUGCUGUCCGGCUGCGACAGAAACAAAGCCGCCCUCACUUGGACGAGAGCAGGAAACUCGACGAACGGGGUUCAGUUGGCUUAUUAUGUUCAGGAAGAUGGGAGGAAUUCCUCGGAGGACGGCUCAACCCGCCAUCCAGAUCCUUCUCGGUGGUCUCAGACAGGAACCAGCUUUACAAGUGCUGCUCCCGUUGGUCAAGACGUGGUGAGAGGCACCGAGGAGGGCAGAGGUCGCUUCUAUGAAGGUCAGGAGUGGAGCUCUGGGCCUCAGUCUGUGGACCAGGGCCUGCUGCUCCCCACCUCACCCCAGCAUCGACAGCCUGUCUCUGGGAGAGCCGAUAGGGAAACUCUCCCUCUUCCUGAGGAAAAACUAAACAAUGGAGCGGAUACAUCUGGAGCUGCUCACCUCACUGAUCGUCCCAUGACUGCCAGAGAGGGAACACGCCCGUAUGUUGUGAAUGCGUUCAGUACAGACAGCGAAUCAAACCCCAGUGAUGAGAUCCCCCAUACCCAGAUGACAGAUGCAGCAGGCAGCAGCUCCAGCGCCUCGCCUGGCACAGAGGCACCCAAAUAUACAUCCACUGAGACGCCGAAACACACAGACAAACACAGCUCCAGCUUUCAUCCUCUCACCUCCUCCUCCCCUGAGCUGCCGUCCAGGACGAUCUGGGAGUUUGUCGUCCCACGUGGUGGAGCUGUUAGCGGGACACCUGGAGAUAAACAGCCUCCCUCCUGGAGGAGCCUGCGAAGCACAGACAGACUCGCUUCUGAUCUGACCUCCAUCACCACCACCUCCGACCCUUUGAAAUCAUCCAGCAAACCUCCGCAGCAUGAAUCACGCGGUGACACUGGACCCACUUCAUCAUCCUCGCAAGGCCCCGGCAGCGUUCAAUCAUCCACCACCCACAUCACAGAGCCCGACGCUGCUGUUGGUACUGUGGAGGCUGCUUCGCUUGAUCCAAACACAAGUCCGAGUGAGUCAUUUGUAUCAGAUGUUACCGCUCAGACUGCUGCAUUUGAGUGGUUUGAUAAGACAGCGAUGACGACUCCAACAAACUCUCCUCGAAGCGCAGAGAGCCUCACGGACUCUCCGUUUACUUCUUCUCCAUUACAAACACAGACAAGCAGCACAGACGCACAGACAGAAAGCACACAAAGACAUUUCAUGACCGACAACACCGCCUCCUCAUCACCUGACAACACCGAUAAACAGACUUCUGGUUCCACUGGUUCUCCUCCUGCUCCCACGGCACCACUGAUGGUGGGAGUCCAACACUCGACUGUUACGGGAGUCACAAUAGAAACGUACACACUGCAUCCUACACACUUGGACGACAACUCGCUCACAGAUUCACCAACUUCUGCUCCUCUUCUGUUGUCCGGCUCAUCCACGGACUCCUCUACACCAUCGUACUCGCUCCAAACACACACUGUUUCUCCUGAUAGUUCGCAAACAGCUUUGACCUCCUCUGGCACUGACUCCACCGGGCACACAGUCGUUGCAGACCACAAAACCACACCUGCCCCUUCGCAAACAUCCCCUCAUACACACAAUCACCUGCAUCUGCCGGCUUCUACUGACACCUCCCGUACACAUGAGCAGUCCUACAGCGCGGCCACUACUGCUGCACCUGCCCCCGUGCUCCCGCUUACAACUAUAAAAUCUGAUUAUGGAGACGAGGAGGUAAAAGUAGAGACAGUGGCCGACUUCUGGCUGUGGACUCCCAGCAACACAACUGCACACAAUCCCACAGCUGGACCGCCUCCGCUCCAGACGACCCCACAUCCCAGCCAGGAGAACCAUUCUACGGUAACAGUUUCAACUUUACCCUCCACUUGGAGCUCCACAAACAGUCCCAAGUUCUACAUUGUGCCCGACCAGGCUGCUGCCAUCAGAGUGGAGUCAAUUGAGCUGCUGCUGCAGAUAGUUGUAGAGGAGUCCAGGUCGGCUUUAACCGCCGGCUUGGAGGAAGACACUGCUGUCUGGGUGGAGCCGUACCUCCAAAAAGCCCCGGGGUUCAGCAGGCUGCUGGGCGUCUGGAGCAGUGGCCACGCGGUGCAGAGUCUGGUGGAGUUUCAAACCAGGGAAGCUCUGCAGUGGCUCAGCAUGGAAGGACCCUCAUCACUGCUGGAACAAACGGGACUGGCUCAGGCUGUUCGCGAGGGAAAGACGUUCAGAUCCUCCAAGAUCACCAACAUCACGCUGGGAGGGCUGCAGGGUGAUGUGUGCGACUGGUUGCUGCAAUGCCCCGCAGGCUUUAAAUGUGUGUCCCAGCCUGGCUCUUCAAACUACAGCUGCUCCUCUGUCUGCCACUCCGACUACUGCCACCACCACGGCAUCUGCACACACCAUCCAGGCCAGCUUCCAGUUUGCCGCUGCCUUGUAGGUGAGGACUUCUGGUUCAUGGGUCAGAGGUGCGACACGAGGAUGACUCGAGCGCGACUCGUGGGCGCGUGUCUCGCCGUCUUACUCAUCAUGGUGACACUCAUCGGUGUUUUGGCCUUCGUGGCAGUGCGACGCUAUCGAGCCAUUCUGAUCCAGGCCAAAGUGGACCAGACUCGCAGCAGCUAUCGCAGGUUCAACCACUUUGACGAGCUGUCCGGUCGGUUCUGGUUGCGCUCGUGGGCGGGUUCAGCGGACUCGCUGGACAAUCCCGCCUUUACGCGCUCCGAUGAGUUGCUGCAUCUGCGAGCGCUCGACCGCCCCUGCUGUUACCACGACGACACGCUGUCGCUGGCUUCCACCUGCCCCAGCCAUGGAGCUCACAUUAAUACCAUCUACCCCCACAGCUCCCAGUAUGGUUGGAGAGGGAGCGAGAUGAGCAUGGGGGAUGGUGUGUUGGACUCAGGUAAGGCCAGCGACCUUUCAGUCUGUAGCUGGCCUGUGGAACCCAUUCACUGGACUCCAUUCCCACUUCUGCAGCAACUGGCUUCCCACAGGACGCCCACGGUCAGGGUGUCAAGACCGCGAUCUUACUGUGAGGGCAUGGAGCUGGUAGACCUGGGCAAGAGCUGGACUGCUUGACACACAUGAAAACAAAUCAAAUCUGUUCUGACACUGGUAUUUGCAGUUCAUUGUUGCAUUGUAAAACUCAAAUGUUCUUGUUUUGUAAAUAAAAAACUUAAAACAAUAACUGUGUAUGUCUGUACAAGUUUAUAUUUUUUUGUAAAAUUGUUGCUACAUUUUUCAAUUUUAAUCAUAGACAUUAUAAAAAAAAAAGAGUCUAUGGUUUUAAUCAAGAAUUUGUUCCUGAAGCUAUGCAAGGCUUUGAUCUGAAUGUCUGUCAUGUAUGGUACAGAGUCAAAUGUAAUGUUUUAAUAAAUAUAAAUCUUGUUUUGGGUGAGAA